UUGCUCGCCAAAGUGCCCAAAGUGUCGCAUCUCCGCGCUUCAUCCACGACGACACACAACCGACGCCCAUCCGGAGCCCGUCCACACUCAUUCAACGUGCCAUCAUCCACCCAUAACUUCAAUACCCAGUGCAAACCCAUACGCAAACACACAAUCACGACCCGCUGUCGGAUGCACCCACUCCCCGCCGUGCCCGCUACGCUACCUUUCUCACCUCCUGACCAACGCCCGUCCUGACGCUUAUCCGAGGUUGGGACCCGACCACUCCAAGGACCAAAAAGUCUUCCAUCGACCCACGACAACCAAGGUUCUCUGGUUCCACGUCCCAAUCCAGACACAUAUGGUAUUGGACCUUUAUCAUAGGCAACUUUAAGGGCUGUCGCCCGGCCUAGUGCGAUGGCUUCGAGAUAUUCCUCGAGGUAUGACGGGGGAGAUCGCGGCGACCGUCGUUCCAGAUCGCCUCGCGACCGCUCACCCGAUCGUUACGAACGCGCAUCACAGUAUAGUGACGGCGGCCGCCGCCGAUCAUCCGCCGAGGCGCGCUCCAACACUUCAGCAUUCACAAACAACAGAGAUUCAUUCCGCGACAACCUUCCCCGUGACCCGCCACGAGGGCCUAAGGCGCUUUUAGAUCCUCCCAGUGGCCCCAGAGGAGGCGGCUAUGCCGGUGACUUCAGAGGACGCGGCAGAGGCCGUGGCCGUGGCUGGGUUCGCGAUGACAGCAGAGAUCGCGGACGGGACCGUGAUAUCGAUUUUAGAGACCGACGUGAUGGGCCACCUUAUCGAGAUGAGAGGAGCCGUGAACGCGACCGGGACUGGGAUCGACGGGAUAGAGAGAGCUAUCGGGGACGCCCACGCUCGCCCGGUAGAGGCCGCUCACCACCACAGCGAGAUUUCCGCGACAGAGAUCCUCCAUUAGGCGUCGAUGCCGAACGAUCUAGGCGCGGCUCAAGGGACGGGGGCCCCCCUUCCGCCGGCUCGUCCAACUCCGACCCCCCCUUCGGCAUGGGUCGAGGUGGUUUUAGAGGAGGCCGGGAUCGAGGACGUGGAGGAUGGGAGAGAGGCAGGGGAGGACGGGGUGGUUUCUACGAUGACCGCGAUCGGUUCGGGCCUCGCAGUCGCUCUCAGGAAGGGCGAUGGGGGGGCCGCGAUAGAGACGACCGCGACCGUGGUGACCGCUGGGUUGAUACUGAAGUUCGCAGAGACCCCCGAGACGAACCCCGUGAUCCCCGAGACCGCGAGUUGCUGAGACCCAAGGUCGACCGAGAACGAGACAGAGGCAUGUCGUCCCAAGCACAAUCGCCAAACACCAAGGACGUCUCUCCGCCCCCCUUGGCUCCUUCAGCACCCGCUUUCGGCACUGUGCCCAGUCGAAACGGCCCGGCCGACGGAUCACCCAUUACUGGCGGCACCGGCAAACUGCCACCCACAGCCCCAAGAGCCUUCAAUUCCGAACGACCCGUCUCUGCCGGACACGGCGGCGGAGGUAGCGGCGGCGAUUUCCCGGCACCUCCCACCGGACCAGCAAAGAUGAAUCUUAUAGAGGGCAGUCCGCCUAUCCCUUCUGGGCCCCGUGCUCAACAACAGAAACAGCAACGCCCCUCAAGUAAGCAGUGGAUAAAUCCAGCACUAGGAAAGAAGGGCCCCCCCGAGUCGCCCAAGACUAUGAGAUCGCAGAGCUUUGCGCAACAGCAACGCCCGGUACCUUUCCGUCAUGAAAGCGUGCCGACAGAACAAGGCGAAAACGACCGGCGCCCACGCAGUAGCGAUGCGAAGGCUGACUCUCACAAUUCCGCCAACGAAGGCUCGGUAAAGUCACUCAACCUCCCGGAACCUGGCGAAAUUGUCAUCAAAUCCGAAAGAGACAGCUAUUCUGCUAGAGGGUCCAUGGAUCGAGAUAUGGAGCACCCAGAUGAUUCAAGGGACACAGUCAUGGGAGGAACCGAUAACCAUGGGUACCCGGAACGUCAGAACCCCCCUCCACGGCGGGAAGAGAAAUUUGACACAGCCGACAAAGACGACAGUGAUGAGGGCUUAGUGGACGAGGACGAGGAAGAGACGAAGGAGCCGCCCAAGCCUGCAAAGCCCACAAAGGUGAGCCGCAUGUCAGUGCCGCGCGUUCGAUUUCUUCUCCCACCCCAGGAACCCUCGGCGCCAGUCUCCGAACAGACUUCCGAGUCCGACGACGACGAAGAUUACGGAGAAUAUUUUGCCAUGGAAAUCGCAAAGGAGGAGGCCGAGUUGCAGAAGCUACAGGACGCGGCCGACAGCACCCCGGACAAGAUUAUCUCUCGGUACGCUGCAAUCUCACACGAAGCAUUGGUGGCGCUUGUUACCGAGCCAGAGGGUCUUGUGGACAUGCUUGGGCCGAUCCCCGACGUCAUCGAACAUCCGAAAGAAGGUACCCCGAUUCAGUCACCGGUUGUGGAGCAGCGCGAAAAGACGCCCAAGAUUUCGAGCCCUGUCCAGCAAGCCAAAUCAUCACCAAAGGAGCCUACUGUGGUACCUGAACCUGUCUCAGUUGCUGUGUUCGUGCCGAAAUCGGAGGAGCCCGAGGUUGAGAAGAAGGCCGAGGAGCCUCUCAUCGAAAAGGAGGCAGAGAAGGAACCAGGGAAAGAAACGGAGAAAGAAGUGGUGGUGACGGCCCCGAAGGUGACUGAGCAAGAACCCGAGAAGGAGCCAGAACCAGUCGCUGAAAAGCCUGCCGAACAACCUGUCGAUAAGCCCGAAGAGCCGGUCGCCGAGAAAGCUGUAGACGAUGCCGAGAAAGUCGCAGAGGUUUCCGCCGAGGACAAAGUUGAGAAGCCUACCGCGAAACCCGCCGAACCUGUUGUCGAAAUGGUUCAAGAAGCACUCAUGGCCCCCGCCUCCGAUGAGCCGCAGCCCAAGACAGAGGAAAUGGAUAUCGACGAGCCUGCUUCGGUUCUAUCGGCACCCUCUCUUCCUCAACCAUCUGAACCGGCAAAGGACGUGGAUGUCGCCAUGGAAGACGUAUUUGAGCCGGAGAAAGCACCUUUGGAGCCGGUUCUCGAGCGCGAAGAACCUAGAGAACCGGUUAUGAAUGGCCAGCACCUUCUCCUCCAGCCAUCUAGUGUGCCGAUGGAAACGAUUGAAGGUGACAAGGGCCUGCCCAGCACGCCCUCUCAGAUGGACGAUGACGACGACAACUCCACCGAAUCCGAGGACCCCGACGUGAUGCUCAUUGAUAAGAUCCGACAGUUCUCCGCGACUCCCCCUCUCGACAGUUUGCCCGACUACAGCUGCCGCCCUUGGAGCCGGGACCGGGAUUUCUUACAAUCCCUUGAGUCGGAUUCGAUGGUCGACGACUUCAUUCUGCAGCAGCUUGACAAGAUCUCACUGGAGAAGAUGGCUGGACAGGGUGAAGCUCGCAAGGACUACGCCGAGAACUACAUCAAGUAUCUCGACUUUACAGUCUCGAGCGAUCCGAUUGCGGUCAAGAGUCGAGAAACCUUCAUCAGCUGUUUACCCACACCCGAGAAACACAUCCCUAUCCCCCCUCCUCCGGAACUGAAACCAGAAGGUAGGGGAGCUGGCAGAAGGUACGCGAGCGAACGGGACCUCGAAAGAGUGUUGCAAGCAUCCAUGAGAGAAGACGAAGAACGGAAAGAGAGAGAACAACGCGCCAUGCAAGAGAAGUAUCGCAGUGAGAAAGAAGCCGUCAUUCCCGAGAUGUACUGGAGGCAGGAGGAUCGCGACAACGAAUUCUUCAAGGACACCACCGGCUUCACGCCUGUGGAGAAGCUUGUGCCUGCCUGGCAGAUUAUGCCGCCAAUCAACAACUUCGCCCCUGAAGAAGCCGAUCUCUUCGAGAAGAGAUAUCUCACGAACCCGAAGCAAUGGGGUGUUGUCGCUGAAAACGUACCGAAGCGCAACUUUGGUACCUGUAUUCAGUACUACUAUCUGAUGAAGAAGGAACUCAACCUCAAGGAGAAGCUUAGAAAGCAACCCAAGCGUAGAAAGAAGGGUAGAGGUAAGACCCGCUCAAGCGCGCUUGUCUCGGAGCUGGGCAACGCCGAAAACGAGGGAGAGGAGAACCAAGAGAACGGCGAGAAUGGAGAACGGAGACGUCCACGCCGUGCUGCUGCCCCGACGUGGGGCUUCGAGCAACCGCCUACGGAUUCUGACAAUGCCACACCAGCCGGCACACCUGGCCGUCGCGGAGCCAAGGCUGAUCCCGAAAAGGUUGACGGUAGGAAGCGUGGACGGAGGGCAGCCAAGGAUAAGGAACCAAAGGUGCCCAAAUCACAGCAGACUCUUGCAGCGGCAUCCACACCCGCGACAGGCAAAGGAAGGUCUCGCUCGAACUCCAGAGUUCAGAACACUGAGUUCCAGCCUCCUCCGCCUGUUCCUAUGGAGAACCGUCUGCCGUCGCAAUUCGAGGUUCCGGUUACGGGCGUACAGCCCCCUGUGAUUCCGGCUCAGCAACCACAGCCGCCUCUGAUUGUCCAGGAGCGCCCUGUUCCCAUCACCCCUUCACCGAUAUCCGAGGUAAUGGCGCCUCCAUCACUUCGGCCUGAGCCGCCACCACCUCCCGCGCAACCAACCGUCGCGACUUUCGAUAUUGCCCAGCCGCAACCCGAACGGCGUGCCCCCAGUCAGGCGUCCAGCUACUGGAGCGUGUCUGAAGCGAAUGAUUUCCCUGGCCUACUGAAGUCUUUUGGUACCGACUGGGUGGCCAUCGCGGGCCAUAUGGGUUCGAAGACAGCUGUCAUGGUCAAGAAUUACUUUGUCCGACAAAGAGAUCAGGGCAAGACUGAGUGGGAGCAAUUUGCUGCCGAGGCUGACGCAAAACGAAGCAGAGGUGAGAAGCUACCAGAUCCACCACCGCCCACCGUCGGUGGACGCAAGAAGUACGACUCUACGCCCGGGGCUUCGUCUCAUCGGCCUCUUGCUUCUGCGCCUGCUACUCCCGCCCCGACGACUUCAUCCGAACCGCCGAGCGAACCUCUUGUGACAAAGGUCGAGCCUCCCGUCCAACAACCUGGAGCCCCACCAUUUGGUCGCUUUGCUAUGCCGAUCACUCCGGCACCACCGACGCCGUCAGCGCAACAACAACAGCAGCAGCAGCAACAGCAACAGCAACAGCAACAGCAACAGCAACAGCAACAGCAACAGCAACAGCAACAGCAACAGCAACAGCAACAGCAACAGCAGCAGCCGCAGCCGCCACAACCACUUGCUCAAGCUCCUCCCCCUGCUGUUGUUGCCACCCAGGCCCCUCCUCAAGCUCCUCAGCAGACGCCAGUUCCAACCCAGCAACAACCAGCUGCUCAGCCGGUAUCACAGACAGGUUCACCGGUUGCUCGCCCGCCCAGGGCACCUCCUCAGCAAACCUUUGGUUUCCAGGAGAGGGAACGAGAAUCAACCCAACCUCCUCAACCCGUCAGGAUCUCACAAAAGCCGCCCGCCCCCCCAAUUACCGAGCCCGCCCAGCAACGGCCUUUGGCUGCUGCACAACCUAUUCAGUCUGCGCAGCCUGAACCGUUGGUCGACCGACAACAGGCCGAGAGACGACGCGAGAUGGAAAGACAGGCGAUUGAGCAGCAGCAGCAAAUUGAGAGACAGCAGAUGGAGAGACAACAGCUUGAGCGCCAGCGCAUCGAGCAACAGCAGAUCGAGCGACAACAACUGGAAAGGCAACAGCUUGAGAGACAACAAAUCGAGAGGCAGCAAAUGGAACGUCAACAGAUUGAGAGGCAGCAGAUCGAGCGCCAGCAAAUCGAGCGCCAACGCAUUGAGCAGCAGCAACUUGAGCGCCAGCAGCUCGAAAGACAGGCUAUUGAACGGCAGCAGAUGGAACGUCAACAAAUCGAGAGGCAGCAGAUCGAGCGUCAGCAAGCUGAGCGACAGCAGAUGGAGAGGCAACAGAUGGAGAGGCAACAGAUGGAGAGGCAACAGAUGGAGAGACAGAAGAUUGAGGCACAAGCCAAAGAGCAUCUACGCCCAACUGAGCGCACUCGCCUCAAGCAGGAGCCCGAGAUGACACCGCCACAGCACCACUACGAACCGUUCUCUUAUGGUCAGCAACCGGUGCGGAAUGUCCCACCACCUCGAUCUGAACCACCUGUAUCAAGACAGCCUGCCGAGCCACCGCGGGCAACAGCUACUCCAGUCCCGCAAGGUUACCCCAUGCCUCAGCCAGGUGGACGACUCUUGGGUGAUCCUCAGCCGUCUGUCUCGACGCCUCCUGGCCAGAGACCCAUUGCAGCUCAACGACCUAUGCCCACCCACAUGGACUCAUAUGGCACUCCUCCCCAGCAACAACAACCGCCAGCAGCAGCAGCCGCGCCCCCGCCUCGCUCGUCAGCUUCGGAGAACAGGAGAUCCAACAUCAUGUCGUUGCUCAACGACGACCCACCAGCAGGUGCCGCUGCUGCCGCUCCCACACCCCCGCCUCAACCCAAGCGUGUCAAUGACAUGGCUCAAAUCAAGCCGUCCCCGACGCCGCCACCACAAAGCAUGCCUAGAGGACCUGUGGCCGCGCCGGCGCCGACUCCCCUGCGACCAGAGCGGGAGCCUCCUCAGGCUGCCUAUUCCUAUGGACGGAAUGCUCCCUCAGCGUCUGCGAUGCCUCCUCUGAAGCCGACGUACACUGCUUCGCCCCAAUCGCAGCACAUGAGCGCCCCGAGAUCAGCCAUUGCGUCCCCUCAUGAUGCGGCAGCAGCCGUCGAGCGAGACUACUACCGCUAUCAGUACCACCAGCCCCCAGCGACGAACUCUCCUCAGGUCGCGCAGCCUUACCCGCCGCAACCCCAGUCUCGUGAUCCUCGCGAUCCUCGUGACCCAAGAGACCCCAGAGAUCCUUACCAGCCUCAGACUGGAUACCCUGCGUAUGGUGCGCCUGCUUCUCAAGCUGGCUCGCCGCCGCCUCAGUAUGCUGUACAUCAGUCGGCCUCUAGACGCGAAACGCUCCCCCCGCAAGGCAGGGAAUCAGCAUGGCCUCCUGGGCCUCAGGGACACGCCAUGGGCCAGCCGCAACCACCACAGCAACAGUCUUCUUGGCCACCGGCGUCACAUGCGCCGCCGGCUAAGCAGGCUCAGCAGGCACCCCCUCCUCAGAACUGGGCUUCUCCGCACAUGUCGGCGCAGAAGGCACCUCCCGCGGGCUCGGCCAUGCCGCAACAAUCGUGGGCUUCCGGACCACCUCAACAGCAGCAGCAACAACCGCCGCCGGGACACCACAUGUCCAUGCGAGACGAACGCGGCUCAGCCAUGUACGGACAGAUUCCGCCUCAGCACCAACACCCAAUGCAAGGGCGGUAUCCUCCGGUGUCUCGGGCGCCGGAGCAAAUGCCACCUCAAGGUCAGCAAGCGUACCCGCCGCGGUACGCAUCGACGCCCGCGCCUAGAGAUCCCCGGGACCAGAUGCCGCCUCGUAGCUACACGCCUGUAGGAUACGAUGCUCGCGGCCCGCCUCCCGGACCUUACCCUCCGGAUCCGAGAGAAAUGCAGAUGCGGGAGAUGAGCCGCGACCCCCGAGACCCUAGAGAUCCUCGGGAGAUACAACACCAGGAGAUGCUCCAACGCGGCCAACUGCGCCCGCAAGAUGGGUAUGGGAGACAACCUGAUCGAUACGGCCGAUAGAAGGCGUAUCUGACUCCACUUUAAUCAAGCAUGUAUGAAAGAAGCAAAAAAAGAAUUUAACUACGGGGAGGUGUAUGGUGUGUUUUCUGGUUUGGAGGACCGGAAGCUAUAGGGAAGCAUAAGGAAACGUAGAUGCGAAGCCAAGGGGAACGGCUGGGUGGGUUAGGACGUGUAUUCAUAGUGUUUCAACGCAUAAAGCAGGAAAGAGGUUUUUUUUUUUUUUUUUUUUUUUACUUUUAUGGGAAUUUUCAGUCAUCCAC